CCUUAGCAACCUCACUCUUCGAAUCUCUUCUACAAGUCUUGUGAAUCUGCUACUCCCUUGAACCCUCUUCAACCAGUCUAAGCGGUCUUAUCACUUCCCAACUCGUGAUUUUUCUACAAGUCAUGAAAGGGUAAAGCAAUCGUUGGUUUUCUACAAAUUUGCAAGAUUUUUCUUUGAUACCUCUCGUCGACCUUCAAAAACAUACUUGCGACCUCAAAUCUCUCUAGAUCAAGCUCCGGUUCCCAUAUCCUUGUGCUACUCUCCAAAAUUCUGCAAGGUACACCCCUAUUCUACCCAAGUUCCAUUGAACCCUAAAAUGCAUGUGUGUAAAGGAUCGAAUAGCUUUAAAUGGUGCUGGUUUUUUGAAAUAGUUUAUGAUCCCAAAAAUACCCAAAAAUCCGUUUCUAAGCCCAGAAAUGGCAGAAAUGUUAUGAAACGGUGCCGAAAAGGCUUCCCCACCCCUGCUUAUGCUUAGAUGCCUCUACGUUGCCUCCUGCGCUGGUGCAAUGGCUGCACAAGCGGCUGGGUUCUGUUGCCCAUUUAGAAAUGAAUUACAACUUGUACGAUAUGACCGAUUCGUAUCGGUAUCGAGACCUAAAACCUUGCUAGCGGUCACAACAUUGCAGUGAACGUUUAAUCUUCCUUAAACAGUUCCAUGCCUUCAUCUGGUUCUGAUGUACUCGUUUCGCCAUCCACUGGCGGGAAAGCUUCAGCUUCCAAAUCAAAAGAGGCCUUAAGCUCCUGUAAUCGGCCUUAGCACAGACAAACACACAGCAAAAACCUGCUUCCAUGGCUCUCUCGCCUUCUUUCCCUAAACCUUUCUCUACUCCCACCGAACAGUUCCAUCGUCGAGCCAUCUUAAUCCCUACGAAACACUUUUCAAGUCUUUCUUUUUCUUCUUCUUCUUCUUCUUCUUAUCAAUGGCGACGGUAUCGUUCUUCUCCCAAGCCCAUUGUCGCCUCUCUUAAGGAGCAUUUGGGUCGUCUUAACAAGAACUUGAGCGACUACUCUAGCUUAAAUUACUGGGUUGUUCGGGACUACCGUCGACUUGUGGAUUCUGUCAACGCUUUCGAGCCCCAAAUUCAGAGAUUAUCGGAUGAACAAUUGACCGCGAAGACUGAGGAAUUCCGUGGGCGUCUCAGACAAGGGGAAACACUUGCUGAUAUCCAAGCUGAAGCGUUUGCUGUUGUACGCGAAGCUGCUAAAAGGAAGCUUGGGAUGCGUCAUUUUGAUGUGCAGAUCAUUGGUGGAGCCGUGCUUCAUGAUGGGUCAAUUGCAGAGAUGAAGACGGGUGAGGGGAAAACUCUGGUUUCAACAUUAGCAGCUUAUCUUAAUGCACUCACAGGGGAGGGUGUCCAUGUUGUGACUGUCAAUGAUUACUUAGCUCAGCGUGAUGCUGACUGGAUGGGUCGUGUUCACCGUUUCCUAGGUUUGUCUGUGGGUCUUAUCCAGGGGGGAAUGGCAGCCAAAGAAAGGAGAUCCAACUAUAACUGUGACAUAACAUACACCAAUAAUUCUGAACUUGGCUUUGACUACCUGCGAGACAAUCUUGCUACUAGCAGUGGACAACUUGUUAUGAAGUGGCCAAAGCCAUUUCAUUUCGCGAUAGUUGAUGAAGUUGACUCCGUGCUUAUUGAUGAAGGGAGGAAUCCCUUGCUAAUAAGUGGUGAGGCUAGUAAAGAUGCUGCACGAUAUCCAGUUGCUGCCAAAGUGGCUGACUUACUUGUACACGGUCUUCAUUAUAACGUGGAACUUAAGGAUAAUUCUGUCGAGUUAACUGAGGAAGGAAUUGCACUCGCUGAAAUGGCACUUGAAACUAGUGACCUAUGGGAUGAAAAUGAUCCUUGGGCGAGAUUUGUGAUGAAUGCCUUGAAGGCCAAGGAGUUCUAUCGACGGGAUGUGCAAUACAUUGUUCGAAAUGGAAAGGCACUCAUUAUAAAUGAGCUGACUGGGAGAGUUGAAGAGAAAAGGAGAUGGUCUGAGGGUAUUCACCAGGCGGUAGAGGCUAAAGAAGGUCUUAAGAUUCAGGCUGAUUCGGUCGUUGUGGCACAAAUCACAUAUCAAUCCUUGUUUAAGCUCUAUCCAAAGCUUUCAGGAAUGACUGGAACUGCAAAGACUGAAGAGAAAGAAUUUUUGAAAAUGUUUCAGAUGCCGGUCAUUGAAGUGCCCACAAAUUUACCUAAUAUCCGUAAAGAUUUACCUGUUCAAGCUUUUGCGACUGCACGUGGGAAAUGGGAAAACGCCUGGAGAGAAGUUGAGUACAUGUAUAGACAGGGCCGACCUGUUUUAGUUGGGACCACAAGUGUCGAGAAUUCUGAAUAUUUAUCUGAUUUGCUGAAGGAACGCAAUAUUCCCCACAAUGUUCUUAAUGCACGGCCAAGGUAUGCCGCAAGGGAGGCUGAAAUUGUUGCUCAAGCUGGACGAAAACAUGCAAUUACCAUUUCCACCAAUAUGGCCGGGAGAGGCACUGACAUAAUCCUUGGUGGAAACCCAAAAAUGCUUGCCAAAGAAGUGAUGGAGGACAGCUUACUUUCAUUUUUAACACAAGAAGCCCCAAAUGUUGAUAUUGUUGGUGAGCCGAUUUCCCAGAAGGGUUUAUCAAAGAUGAAGAUUGGACCAUCUUCAUUAGCUUUGCUAGCUAAAACAGCACUUAUGGCUAAAUAUGUCUCCAAAAGCGAGGGCAAGGGAUGGACAUAUCAGGAUGCAAAAUCUUUGAUUUCAGAGUCUAUUCAAAUGAGUCAGUUAAUUGGUGAACAAGAUCUAGAAAAGCUUCUGGCUGAGGAAUCUGAUACCUAUCCUCUUGGUCCCACCAUAGCUCUUGCAUAUCUCUCAGUUUUGAAGGAUUGUGAAACACAUUGUUUCAAUGAAGGAUCUGAGGUGAAAAGGCUUGGGGGACUUCAUGUGAUCGGAACAUCCCUGCAUGAGUCACGGAGAAUAGACAACCAGCUUCGUGGAAGAGCAGGCAGACAAGGUGAUCCCGGAUCAACACGUUUUAUGGUGAGCUUACAGGAUGAGAUGUUUCGGAAGUUCAAUUUUGACACAGAAUGGGCUGUAAAACUGAUAUCAAAGAUUACAAAUGAUGAGGAUAUACCAAUUGAAGGUGAUGCCAUUGUAAAGCAGCUUUUGGCGUUGCAAAUAAAUGCUGAGAAGUAUUUCUUUGGUGUAAGGAAAAGUCUGGUUGAAUUUGAUGAAGUAUUAGAGGUGCAAAGAAAGCAUGUCUAUAAUCUAAGGCAAUUAAUAUUGACAGGUGAUUCUGAAAGUUGUUCACAGCACAUUUUCCAGUACAUGCAAGCAGUAGUAGAUGAGAUUGUGCUUGGAAAUGUUGAUCCACAUAAGCAUCCAAGUAGUUGGAGUUUGGGCAAGCUCUUGCAUGAGUUUACUGAAACUGCGGGGGAAAUAUUGGCUGAUUCAUUUGCAGGUGUCACGGAGGAAGCUUUACGGGAAUCACUUAAACAGAGGCAUAAACAAAGCUCUCUAGAUAUUGAUAACCUUGCCCUUCCUAACUUGCCAAUGCCGCCAAAUGUUUUUAGAGGAAUCCGUAGAAAGAGCUCCUCCUUGAAACGUUGGCUUGCUAUAUGCACUGAUGAGUCAGUUAAGAAUGGAAGGUACCAGCGGAUCACUAAUAUUCUCCGCAAAUACCUUGGGGAUAUUUUAAUUGCUUCUUAUUUGGAUGUCAUAGAAGAAUCUGGUUAUGAUGAUGCAUAUGUUAAGGAAAUCGAGAGAGCAGUUAUUCUGAAGACUCUCGAUUGUUUCUGGAGGGACCAUCUGGUAAACAUGAACAGACUUAGUUCAGCGGUGAAUGUGCGGAGUUUUGGGCAUAGGAAUCCACUUGAAGAAUACAAGAUUGAUGGUUGCCGUUUUUUCAUUUCAAUGCUUGGUGCAACUCGAAGGUUGACUGUAGAGUCACUCCUGCGGUAUUGGUCAUCCCCAAUGGAGUCUGACGAGCUAUUUGUAUCAUAGGAAGUAGGAACAUAUCUUUUGCUGCAAUGAAAUCCCUUGUUUUUAUUA